UCUACCUCUGUUACCAAACAGGAAAGAACCCUAUCUACCUCUCUCUCUACCAAUCAUUUACAUUUUAGUCAUUCAACUAACAUCCAGUCAGAAGUACUGUCAGUCCAUUCAACUAACAUCCAGUCAGAAGUACUGUCAGUCCAUUCAACUAACAUCCAGUCAGAAGUACUGUCAGUCCAUUCAACUAACAUCCAGUCAGAAGUACUGUCAGUCCAUUCAACUAACAUCCAGUCAGAAGUACUGUCAGUCCAUUCAACUAACAUCCAGUCAGAAGUACUGUCAGUCCAUUCAACUAACAUCCAGUCAGAAGUACUGUCAGUCCAUUCAACUAACAUCCAGUCAGAUGUACUGUCAGUCCAUUCAACUAACAUCCAGUCAGAUGUACUGUCAGUCCAUUCAACUAACAUCCAGUCAGAAGUACUGUCAGUCCAUUCAACUAACAUCUAGUCAGAAGUACUGUCAGUCCAUUCAACUAACAUCCAGUCAGAAGUACUGUCAGUCCAUUCAACUAACAUCCAGUCAGAAGUACUGUCAGUCCAUUCAACUAACAUCCAGUCAGAAGUACUGUCAGUCCAUUCAACUAACAUCCAGUCAGAAGUACUGUCAGUCCAUUCAACUAACAUCCAGUCAGAAGUACUGUCAGUCCAUUCAACUAACAUCCAGUCAGAUGUACUGUCAGUCCAUUCAACUAACAUCCAGUCAGAUGUACUGUCAGUCCAUUCAACUAACAUCCAGUCAGAAGUACUGUCAGUCCAUUCAACUAACAUCUAGUCAGAAGUACUGUCAGUCCAUUCAACUAACAUCCAGUCAGAAGUACUGUCAGUCCAUUCAACUAACAUCCAGUCAGAAGUACUGUCAGUCCAUUCAACUAACAUCCAGUCAGAAGUACUGUCAGUCCAUUCAACUAACAUCCAGUCAGAAGUACUGUCAGUCCAUUCAACUAACAUCCAGUCAGAAGUACUGUCAGUCCAUUCAACUAACAUCCAGUCAGAAGUACUGUCAGUCCAUUCAACUAACAUCCAGUCAGAAGUACUGUCAGUCCAUUCAACUAACAUCCAGUCAGAUGUACUGUCAGUCCAUUCAACUAACAUCCAGUCAGAAGUACUGUCAGUCCAUUCAACUAACAUCCAGUCAGAAGUACUGUCAGUCCAUUCAACUAACAUCCAGUCAGAAGUACUGUCAGUCCAUUCAACUAACAUCCAGUCAGAAGUACUGUCCGUCCAUUCAACUAACAUCCAGUCAGAAGUACUGUCAGUCCAUUCAACUAACAUCCAGUCAGAAGUACUGUCAGUCCAUUCAACUAACAUCCAGUCAGAAGUACUGUCAGUCCAUUCAACUAAUCCUGGCAAUCCAGAACAAAAAUCAUAAUUUAUGUUACGUGCGUCUGUCCCAAGAGAUUAGUACAAAUCAACCAUAUUCUGUCAUUAUAAGGAACCACUUCUGUACAUUACCAAACAGGAAAGAACCCCAGUCUACCUCUGAACUGAUCCCAUGA